CACCGCCUGUCUCUCACCGCCAUCAGCAGCACCAGCACCAGCAGCGCCAGCACCAGCACCACCACCACCACCACCACCAGCAGCACCAGCACCACCACCACCACCACCACCAAUAUCACCACCACCUGUUCGUACUCAAUCGCAUACCCGCCACUUGACAAGGCCGUCACCCUCGCUGCAUACGACCACCACUCACUCACUCUCCCACCAUGGCCACCACCACGGCCUUCGGCACGGCCGACUCUGGUCACCAAGCCCUCUACACCUGCAUGUCCUGUCUGGUCGGCUUCCACUCUCCCCUCGAUCAGAGGACCCACUAUAGGUCAGACUUGCAUCGCUACAACAUGAAGAGACAAGUCGCUGGCCUACCACCCGUCCGUCAAGAUGCUUUUCAGCAGAAGGUACAGCAAAGGGACAGCAUCCCGCUUCGUGACCAGGAAGAGCAACAAUUGCAAGCUUCUGCGCAAAGGUUCAGGUGUCAGGACUGUGCAAAGUCUUUUGCUUCCGACAAUGCCCUCACUACUCAUCUGAAGUCACGCAAACACAAGGGCACGGCCGCAAAGAACCACCUGAACAUACACCGCCAACAAUCGCCCCUCUCAUCCGCUACCUCUACUGCGCCUAGCGCUUCACUCGUCUUUCGAGUUCCUGCUCCUGCGGCUUCGACAUUACAAGCUCCUCAAGAGCAGCCUCACCAGCAGAGCAUCGGUCUCACAGGGGCCGUGCAGCGUGACACAGAUGACAAAGUUGAAGCCAAGGUUGCCGGACCCUCUGUCUUAGGACACGAUCCGCCUCUGACGACCCCUACAUCUCUGUUGGUAGCAGACGAUGCUUCCGAGGCCGAGGUCGAAGCUGCGAUUGCAGCUCGUCUGGCCUCUUCCGCUCGCAUCGACCCCUCGGACCAGUGCAUCUUCUGCCGCUUAAGCGGCUUCGCCUCACUUGCGAACACUCUGGAGCACAUGCAGGUCAAGCACGGCUUCUUCCUUCCCGAACGGCCUUUUCUGAUCGACCUUUCCGGUCUCGUACAAUACCUUGCGGACAAGGUCUCAGUGGGCCACUUGUGCCUCUACUGCAAUGGCCGUGGCCGGGGCUUCAACUCUGCCGAGGCUGCCCAAAAACAUAUGGUGGACAAGAGCCACUGCAAGGUCGCUUACGAACGGGAGCAAGACCAACUCGAAUUGUCUGACUUCUACGACUUCUCGAGUUCUUACCCCGACUACCAAGCGGCUGGGUCACAAGGCGCAGAGGUGGCGAGGGACGAUGAUGGAUCAGAGUGGGAAGACGUGGAGAUGGCUAGUGGCGCUGGGGAUACGCCUUCGGAUGAUGAUGGCGAAUCAGAAUACGAAGCCGCGAGACCGCUUCAUUAUGGCGAUUCUGAAUUGGAACUGGUGCUGCCGUCUGGAGCUCGUCUGGGCCAUCGCUCUCUCGCUCGGUACUACAGACAGACCCUUUUCAGCACUCCCGCUUCGGUUGGUACCAGCGGUGGAACAGUGGCUCGCCGCUUGAUCGAUUCAGGCCGGGCCAAUGGUCGCAAUUCGGCUCUCACCGUCAAGGAUCGCAACGGCGGAGAAGUCAAAGCUCGCAAUCGAGGAGAGGCGCGCGAAGCGAAGAGGCACAUCAGAGAGUUCCGUGAUUCACAAAAGCGAGAGCAGUACAUGACCAGGGUGGCCUUCGUCCAUAACAGUCAGAAACAUUUCAGAGACCCUCUCCUCCAGUAGACAACUCAAAUUUGUUUGUCAUCCAGCGCUUCAUGUACCCAUUGAUUAGCUGCCUGCUGCUACUUGCCCUUCAUUCUCCUUUUCAUGACAGAUGAUGUCUAUCU